AUGGCGCUUGAACACAACUACGAUUAUUUAUUUAAAAUAGUGCUCAUCGGAGAUUCUAACGUAGGAAAAUCAAACCUGUUGGACCGCUUUGUAAAAGGAAACUUUAAGCUGGACUCCAAAAGUACAAUAGGAGUGGAGUUUGCAACGAAAAACGUGACGCUGAAGAACGGCAAAACAGCAAAGGCACAAAUAUGGGACACAGCAGGACAGGAGCGUUACAGAGCAAUAACAUCAGCAUACUACAGAGGAGCAAGAGGAGCAAUAGUUGUAUACGAUAUAGCAUCAAAGCAGUCAUUUUACAACGUCUCACGCUGGCUAACAGAGCUUAACGAGUAUGGAGACCCAAACAUGAUCAUUGCACUGGUGGGAAACAAAAGCGACCUGACGCACCUGAGAGAAGUGUCCUCAGAGGACGGAGAAAGGUACGCACACAGCAACAACCUGAUGUUCUUUGAAACGUCUUGCCUGAACAACGAAAACAUAGAUACAGCAUUCACGGAGCUGCUCAGCUCAAUUUGCGAAAACCACGAAAAGUUCGGAGACACGGCACACGGAGAGCAGACAAACCAAAUACCGAAAGCAGUAGUGUCACUGUCAAAGCAGAAAAAGCUAAAGAAGAAGCUAGCAAAGUGUUGCUGA